UCGCUCAGCACUGUGGCCCUUUAUCGAAAUCCAAAUUAUUCGAUAUAUCGAUAGCAUCGCGAGUGGUCCACCCAGCUCCAAUGUUUUCGUCUUCUUUGUGUUACAAAAUUAACAAUUUAUAAAUACGCAUAUUCCGCUGGACCACCGAAUAUCGCCGUGACUUUGAAGAAUCGCAGUGCAAGGAAUCCUUGAAGGCGAAGAGCUGCAAAAUCGCAAGUGAACGCGCGCCUGGCGUGAGUGGAUUCAAGGCUUUCACCCCACGAAACUGGAGCUAACAAUGGACAACGAGUCGUGGGCCUGUUCGUCGGUGGAGAAGGACCUGACCCGAGUGGUCAGCAAGCUGGAGCAGCUGCAUGAGAACGCGGCAGCGGACAUCGGAGACAUUGCCACGCAGAUGUCGGAGCUGGUGGAGGUUCUCAGCAGGGCGGAGCAGCUGGUGACCACUCUGAAUUCGAGCACCCAGGUGUCCCAGGACGAUCCCAUGGGCGAUGGGGUCAGCAUGCAGGUGGAGACGGAACCGACGGCCCCCCAACGCCUUACCGAGCGCCAAGUGGAGAGCGUCCGAAAUGCUAUUGCCAGGUGCAACGAGCGCGUGCAGAAACUCUCCACGGAGCACCGCGAUCUGCACGGCUCCAUUUCGAAGAUCGGCAAAGCCAUUGACCGUAACUUCAGCGCCGACUUCUCGUCCACCAUGCGAGUGGACGUGCUGCAGGACGAGGAGAACCUGAUGCUGCUGAAUAAGGCCAUCGCCAAGCACUAUUGUCGCCAGGGCAUGGACGAUGUGGCUCGCACCCUAAUCCGCGAGAGCAAAAUGUCGCCGGAGCAUGCCCAGGAUGUGUUCGACUCGGAGCGCGAGUUUGCCGAUAUCUACGGCAUUUGGGUGAAGAUCCAGAAGCGGGAUCUUACCGACGCCCUCAAGUGGGCGAAGAUGUACUCGCAGCAGCUGAGUGAUCGCCACUCGUUAAUAGAGUUCCGGCUGCAUCGUAUGCGCUUCAUGCAGCUGGUCUCCUACGGAUUGGACUCGCAGCGCGAGGCCAUUUCCUACGCUCGACUGAACUUCAAGAAGUUUGCUGUGCGCUACGAGCACGAAAUAGCCAACUUGAUGGCCAGCUUCAUAUAUCUGCCAAGUGGACUGGAGAACUCGCCGUACAAGCACUUCAUGGGCCAGGAGAUGUGGACCGAGCUGUCGUUCAUAUUCCUCAAAGACGCAUGCCAAUUGCUAGGCAUCAGCAAGAACUCUGCCCUGUCUGUCGUGGUGAAUGCCGGAUGCACUGCCCUGCCCGCCCUGCUCAAUAUCAAGCAGGUGAUGCAGUCACGCCAAGUCCUGGGCAUGUGGAACGGCUGCGACGAGCUGCCCAUUGAGAUCGAUCUACAGCCGGAAUUCCGCUUCCACUCGAUCUUUGCCUGCCCCAUAUUGCGCCAGCAGACUUCCGAGGAUAACCCGCCGAAGAAGUUGACCUGCGGUCAUGUCAUUUCCAACGACGCCCUGCACAAACUGAGUGUUGGGCACAUACUGAAGUGCCCCUACUGCCCCGUGGAGCAGAAUGCCGAGGAGGCUGUUCGCAUCUACUUUUAAGCCACAUCUAUGUAUUCACCUUAUGAUAAUCACCACUGCUUAUAUGACUAGGCUCAGGCGGUUCGAGGAUUGGUGUUGGUUGGCCGGCUUUCCUUAACAAAUCGUAACCAUUUUAAGAUAGCUUGCUUAGUUUCAUGUUUUUAGACAAAUUCGCAGAGCGCAAUCGAACUGCCUGGGCCGUGUGUUGUGCGUGUGUCCCACUUCCUAACAAACAAUUUAGAUUUAAAAUUAUAUUAUACUGUGUAUUUAAAGCAAA